AUGACUGCCGAAAACAAGGAGAAGAUGGAGGCGCAGAUUAAGUCGGUGGACAUGACUGAGGAUAUGCAGCAGGAGGCUAUCAGUUUAGCCAUUGAGGCCAUGGAGAAGUACCACAUUGAGAAGGAUAUUGCGCAGUACAUCAAGAAAGAAUUUGAUUCACGGAAGGGUGCUACCUGGCACUGCGUGGUUGGACGAAACUUUGGCAGCUUUGUUACCCACGAGACCAAACACUUCAUCUACUUCUACCUAGGCCACUGCGCCAUUCUCCUUUUCAAGACCCAGUAG